GAAUCUAGUUCUAGUGCUGGGAACCCGGUUUCCUUGGAAAACAAAAGAUCAAUCUUCAAUCUCUUAAACCCUAAAUACCAAAACCCCCAUAUCUAGGAAAGGUGCGAACUUCAUCACUCCUUCCCCAAAGAAACUCUCCCCACCGUCGUGUAAUGGCGGGUCCUCUGCUUCGCUCCAUUUGGUCAUCCGCCAGAAGGUCUAUCUCUUCUUCUUCCUCCUCCUCUUCUGGCCGGCGACCCUUCUUCAAUCCCUACUUAUCCUCCCGAGUUGCUCCUUUGCUUUCUCGCCCUCCCGGUGCCACUCGAGCUUUCGCUGCCGCCCCUGCCUCGGCGGCCUCCGCCACAUCAUCGUCGCCCAAUUCGGCAUUGGAUCCCAGCAGAUUGAGGAACGUGGCAGUGAUAGCUCAUGUCGACCAUGGGAAGACUACCCUUAUGGACCGUCUGCUCAGGCAAUGCGGCGCCGAUAUACCCCAUGAGCGUGCCAUGGAUUCCAUCAGCCUCGAGCGCGAACGGGGCAUCACUAUCUCUUCAAAGGUUACAUCUAUUGCAUGGAAGGAAAAUGAACUAAACAUGGUUGAUACGCCUGGACAUGCAGACUUUGGGGGUGAAGUAUGUUUCUUGCAUUUAUUUGUCGAAGUCGAACGGGUUGUUGGAAUGGUUGAAGGAGCAAUUUUAGUAGUAGAUGCUGGUGAAGGUCCACUUGCACAAACAAAAUUUGUUCUUGCCAAAGCAUUGAAGUACGGGAUAAGACCUAUCUUACUUCUGAAUAAGGUAGACAGACCUGCAGUUUCUGAAGAAAGGUGUAACGAGGUUGAGAGCUUGGUUUUUGAUCUUUUUGCAAAUCUUGGUGCCACAGAGGAGCAACUAGAUUUUCCUGUGCUCUAUGCUUCUGCUAAAGAAGGAUGGGCAUCCUCCACCUACACAAAGGAUCCUCCUACUGAAGCAAAAAAUAUGUCAGAGCUGCUCGAUGCUGUCAUUAGGCAUGUUCCUCCACCCAAUGCAAGCAUUGAUGCUCCAUUCCAGAUGCUGGUUUCCAUGAUGGAGAAAGAUUUCUACCUUGGCCGAAUCUUAACUGGACGCGUCUUUUCUGGGGUUGUCCGUGUUGGUGACAGAGUGCAUGGACUGCGUUGUACAGAUUCAGGGGCAGAGAAGAUUGAAGAAGGAAAGGUCAAGUAUCUUGUUCUGAAUGCAUACUUUACUCAAUAUGAACAUAAAUCAUACACAUCUAUGAUUAUAAAGCUAAUGAAGAAGAAAGGUACAAGUAUGAUUCUCAUUGACGCUGCUGGAGCUGGUGAUAUUAUAUCAAUGGCUGGAAUGGCAAGUCCAUCAAUAGGCCAUACAAUAGCAAACGUGGAGGUAGCAACUGCAUUACCCACAGUUGAACUGGAUCCUCCUACAAUUUCCAUGACGUUUGGUGUAAAUGACUCUCCGUUGGCCGGUCGAGACGGUACCCACUUGACUGGUGGAAAAAUUGGUGAUCGUUUGAUGGCCGAAGCUGAAACAAAUCUUGCCAUAAAUGUGCUUCCUGCAGUAGGGGAGUCAUAUGAAGUGCAAGGGAGAGGAGAACUUCAACUAGGUAUUUUGAUUGAGAAUAUGAGGCGUGAAGGAUUUGAGUUGUCAGUUUCUCCACCAAGAGUCAUGUAUAAAACUGAAAGUGGCCAGAAGCUUGAGCCCAUUGAAGAAGUCACGAUUGAGGUAAACGAUGAACAUGUGGGAUUGGUCAUGGAAGCUCUAUCGCAUAGGAGAGCUGAGGUUGUUGAUAUGGGUCCUGUACCUGGAAAUUUUGGAAGGACCAGGCUGUCCUUAACAUGUCCAUCUAGGGGCCUGGUUGGUUACAGGAGUGUGUUCAGUAGUGACACGCGUGGAACUGGAUUCAUGCAUCGUGCCUUCCUGACAUAUGCAAAAUUCCGGGGUCCAUUAGGAAAUGUCCGGAAGGGUGUUUUGGUAUCUAUGGGAUUUGGUACGAUCACAGCUCAUGCAUUGGUCGGUUUGGAACCUCGUGGGAUACUCUUCAUUGGCCCAGGAGUUGACACGUAUGAUGGCAUGAUUGUGGGCGAACAUACACGGGAUACCGAUCUAGAUGUCAACCCAGUAAGGGCCAAGGAACUGAGCAAUAUGCGAUCUGCUAACAAGGAUGAAAACGUUAGGCUAUCUCCGCCCCGCCUGAUGACCCUUGAAGAAGCCAUAGGUUACGUCGCUUCUGAUGAGCUUAUUGAGGUUACUCCUAAGGCCAUUAGGUUGAGGAAAAGAUACCUGGAUGUUAACAAACGAAAAACCAUGAGUAAGAGGCCCAAGGAAUGAAAAGAACUGUAUUGAAUCAAAGGAAUUUGUAUCUUGAUCACACUGUUGCUGAGAGUAUACAUACGACAGCAGAGCAGGUAGCCAGUAAUUCUUUGUAUCUCGAUAGAAUAAUCCAUCCGACGAUAGCAACAGUUUUGAUCAUAUAAGAAGGUUAUUUAUGUUCACUGAGAAAUUGACACAGUUUACGACGACAAGGGCAUAGCUAGCUAUCGCCAUGGACGAUUGAUUCCAUCUCAUAUAGUGCAAUACUUGUUUGUACAAGAAGCAUCUUAAUUAUAUUGCAACUCUCUCUUAUGGCUUUUAGCUGAAGAUGUUAUCACUCAUUGUUUAUUUACCAUUCAAGAUAUAUUAGAUUUACAGGAACAAAGAGCUUGCCUCAUUUUACAGAUAUCAAAAUGGUGGCGGUUACGUACAUGACCAUUGACCACACCGAGCAAGAGCCAUCAGGCUGGCUGGGUUUACUCAAAAGACUAGUUUCCGACUUGAACCAUGGCUACUAACACUAUGUAGUUACAUUUUCUUACAGAUGCUAAACUUGUUCAUACAUAUAUCGUAUAUACAGAGUACCGACCCACUUCAACGUCAGCGAAAGAUCUGAACUUUGAGAACCAUGAUUGAGCUCUCAGGAUCAGGGCCACCGCGCCGCUCGCCGCCAAUAUCAAACACACAGACAUCAUACGGUUGCAAAUUGUUGUCUCUAGCAAAUUUCUUCCAUCCGUUGGUCAGCCCUCCGGCAUUCUUGUUCACUCUGAGCUUGAAUUUCACCGGCCAUUCUUUUUCUCCCAGCGUCAGAAUCAUAUCCUGCCUCUCCCUCUCGUCCAUGUGUUUCUUCAUCCACGAGUAUGGGAUUGCCUGGUAGAAGGUCCGCUCAACGUGGGUGGUUUUCAUCACUGUGAGAAACCCAUCUUUGCUCACAGCUAGCUUCGCUAAUCUGAGAGCGGCGGGGUCGGAGUGGACGCCCCUCUGUGGCUGUUGAGACUGACAACCUUCUUUGUUAGUACUUUCUUGGCCUGUUUGUUCGACAACUUGGUAAUGAACGGUGGGCAAGAGGGCAGCAGCGGCGGCGGUGGAGGCGGUGGCGGAUGUGGAGGCAGAGUAUCA